GGGGAGGUUGUCCCAUGUCCCCUCAGCGGGUGUGUCCGGGGCUAGAGUCGAGCCUUGUGACUAACCCUGGGAGGCGGUAAAGCCUCUAGGAAGCGGUGGUCUUCCCGCCUGGCUCAGCAGCUCCCGAUUUCUGCAAAGGGAUUGCGCUGGCGCUCAGAGGUGCCUGGGAACCGCCACGCGGAAAGAAUUCUGGUAGGGUGAGGUGGGGGAGGAGGGGAGAGGAACGACGGGAGAGAAGAAAGGGAGGUCAGAAGAGAAAAAAAGAGAGCGAGAAGGCAAGAAAUAAGGAGGGCGGGAGCGCAGCGGCUCCCCUGGGUUGCAGCACAGGAAGAGCUGGGAGGCCCCAGCCGCAAGCCCAGCGGCUCUUUGGCCUGCGCGGGACUGUCUGCAGUUUCCGAGGGAGUUCGCUCGCCCGCUCCCAUUCAGGCCGGCCCGGGGGUGGGUGUGGGGGCUGUGAUGCCCUGGCAUCCUCAGGAAAGCCUUUUCCGAGGGACUGACUUCCAGGCGGAUUCAGUUCCGCGGGUUCUGACCCCCGACGCAGCCCCCCUAGAGCCAGGGAGGCUGCCGCCCACGAAGCUGUUUCAGGCUGGGCCCAGCCCCGACAGCGGCCACAGCCCCGCCUGCGCAGCCCUCUGCGCCGGCGGACGAGUUUCGUAGCCCGCUGCUCACAGCGAGCAGGUUGGUGUGGCCCGUUUGAAGCGAAGCGCUGGCUUCGGCAGUGCGGUCUGCGCGGGAAACCAGAGGGGCCAGAGCUGGAGCUGCGGCCUCCGGGGCGAUCAGCGCAGCCUGAGGAGUGCAGAGCCGGGGAGAGAAGGCAGCGCCGGCCCGGGCCCGGGAGGGCCGCGGAACGAAGGUGAAUGACGGGCCGGGCCCAAGUGGUGAGCGCGGAUCAGGCCUGGGACCAGAGCGCUCUCCUGUCGUUCCUCUGCUCCACUCUCACGCACCUACCUCCCCAAGUCGGCCCGGCCGUCAGUCCUCCAGCGCCGGCGAGCCCCGGGCCGCCCAUGAUGGGCUCCGUGCUCCCGGCUGAAGCCCUGGUGCUCAAGACGGGGCUGAAGGCGCCCGGGCUGGCGCUGGCCGAGGUCAUCACCUCCGACAUCCUGCACAGCUUCUUGUAUGGCCGCUGGCGCAACGUGCUGGGCGAGCAGCUCUUCGAGGACAAGAGCCACCACGCCAGCCCCAAGACGGCCUUCACUGCCGAGGUGCUGGCGCAGUCCUUUUCUGGCGAGGUGCAGAAGCUGUCGAGCCUGGUGCUGCCGGUGGAGGUGAUCAUUGCUCAGAGUUCCAUCCCUGGAGAGGGACUGGGCAUCUUCUCCAAGACGUGGAUCAAGGCCGGCACUGAGAUGGGCCCCUUCACCGGCCGGGUAAUCGCCCCGGAGCACGUGGACAUCUGCAAGAACAACAAUCUCAUGUGGGAGGUGUUCAAUGAGGAUGGCACAGUGCGCUACUUCAUCGAUGCCAGCCAAGAGGACCACCGAAGCUGGAUGACCUACAUCAAGUGCGCACGCAACGAGCAGGAGCAGAACCUGGAGGUGGUCCAGAUUGGCACCAGCAUCUUCUACAAGGCCAUUGAGAUGAUCCCUCCUGACCAGGAGCUGCUGGUGUGGUACGGGAACUCACACAAUACCUUCCUGGGGAUCCCUGGUGUGCCAGGGCUAGAGGAGGAGCAGAAAAAGAACAAGCAUGAGGACUUCCACCCCGCGGACUCGGCGGCGGGCACCGCGGGCCGCAUGCGCUGCGUCAUCUGCCACCGCGGCUUCAACUCGCGCAGCAACCUGCGCUCGCACAUGCGCAUCCACACGCUGGACAAGCCCUUCGUGUGCCGCUUCUGCAACCGCCGCUUCAGCCAGUCGUCCACGCUGCGCAACCACGUGCGUCUGCACACGGGCGAGCGCCCCUACAAGUGCCAGGUGUGCCAGAGCGCCUACUCGCAGCUGGCCGGCCUGCGCGCCCACCAGAAGAGCGCGCGCCACCGGCCGCCCAGCGCUGCGCUGCAGGCGCACUCGCCCGCCCUGCCCGCGCCGCACGCGCACGCGCCUGCGCUCGCCGCUGCCGCCGCCGCCGCCGCCGCCGCGCACCACCUGCCGGCCAUGGUGCUGUGAGCGCGCGCCGAUCCCGCGCGUGCCCCAGAAGUGACCCCCAGGCAUACGCUCUGCGCCCCGUUUCACAGAUGAGGACAUUGAGGGGCGACGUCCCUUUCCCAGGCCAGCCGGUAGGUGCGGCUGCUCGGCCGCCUCCCUUUAGGUGGGGGUGGUCUCAUGCACGGCCUCACCCCGGAGUCUCUCUCUUCCUAUGGAGCCUGUCUCCAGGACGGCAUCCCUCGCGCGGGCAGCAGGAGAAGGGACUGACAGUCUCCGAGGACCCUCAGUGGGGGCAAGGGGAGCUCUCCGUACUUUGGAAGGGCGGGGGCGGACCUUCAGUCCCAGUGCGGACUGAGCGCGGGGGAGAAGGGUAGGGAGGAGACGCCUCCUCCUCUUCCUGCCUGCUGGCACUGGUGCCCAGAAGUGUCCAAGUCAAGGACGCAGUCUCGGCAGUUGGGAACUAUUGAGUUCCAGGGGCAGCUGCAAGAGUCCUGCGCUUCCUGGGCCCUGCCCUCCUUCGUGGGGCUAGAUGAGGCACGAACACUUUGCAGCGUGCCAGGCAGGCUGAGAGUGGAAGCACAACGGAAAUCUACUGUAGGAUCCCGGGCAAGACCCUGACCUCCGUGGGCCUCAGUUUCCCUAUUUGUAAAAUGAGGGAAUGAACCAGUGAUCCCUUCCCUCCAGCUCUGACAUCAUGUUUGGGAAGGAGCGGGUUCCCCCAACUCCUUCCGACACACACACUCCAGCAAGAAGAGGGCAAGACUGGAACCGCUGCCCUGGAUGCCAGGUUGGCUUCUCUGCGCGGAAAGCACUUCGAGCUGUUCCCAGUCCCCGGGGUUCGCCUCGCCUGCCCGCACUUCCCCGGCAGCAGCCCGUUUCCCCAAGCUGCGGCCGUGAGCGCCCUCUAGUGUCGCUUCUCACACCUUGCUGUUAUUUACCAGAAUUCCCGUAGGGUGUUUUCUAAAAUAAACUAUAAUAAUAUUAAUGAAAAAUAUAAAAUGUAUAGAGUUUUCAAGAAACUGUGUUCUCCUUCCAGAAAAUUGUCACUUUAACUUUGUAAAUAUUUAUCUGAAAUGAUAUUUACGAAACUGUGAUAUAUAUUAUUUGACUGUAUAUGUACAACUGUAAAUACAUUUGUACCUCUCUUGUAUUCUAAAA